GCCCGUCCUGCCCCGCGCUGCCGGCAGUGCCCGCCCCGUUCCGGCGUGCAGCGCGGCGCCAUGGAGCGGCCGGCCGUGCUGCGCGUCCAGCGGAAGCGGGGCGGUGCGGAGCCGGCCGAGGCGCUGCUGCUCGCCUGCAAGAGGCUGCGGGCGGAGCACGAGCACGGAGCGCCGGUGGAGAAGGGCGUCUUCAAACUGGUGGCCACCGUGUCCUCCAAGAACGAACCCAUUCAGAAAUACAUUCAAGAAGGGAUCAGUAAAGACAAAGCAGCGCAGAGCCUGCGGCCCUCCUUGGGGAGCACACAGCGCAUCGCACAGGAGCUGCGCUCCUCCAAGCAGGUGAGGAGGAAGGAGAACCGAUACCGGGUAGUCACCAGCCACCGGCCGGGAUCCAGCAGGACAGCGGCAACCCCCACAGACAGCGAGGCAGGGAGCGAUGGCAGCACAUCGACCCCUACAGCAGCAGGAGAUGCGUCACAAGAGGAGAGCAGUGCUGGCGAUGAGAGCUUGGAUUGCGGGGGGAACUUCCAGCUGUUUGAUAUCGUGCAAGAGGAGGAGGUGGUGGAAGGCCCCAGUUUUACUGCAGCGAACCCACAGAAAUCUGCUGAUCCUGACGUGAUUCUUUGCAAUGCAGUAGAGAUGAUCCGUGAGCGUUUAAAUGUUUCUGAAGAUCACAAAAAAGUGGAGCACCGUGAGAAAGAUGAGUACGUUUAUGACAUCUACUGCAUGGAAACAGCAGCUCCUGGUUGGAUCCAAAACAUCCUCUCUGUGCAGCCUUAUAGAGAAGAAUAUGAACUGGUAGAUGAUGUUCAAGUCCCAACUGAAACAUAUGAAGAUGAAGAUGAUGAAAAUGAUGAAGAUAACUGGCGCAAUGAUUAUCCUGAUGAAGAUGAAUUCUUAGCUGAGGAAGAUGACGAAGAAAAAGACUCUGAAGAGAGCUCCAGUGAUGAGGACCAGUGUUACAGGAGAAGAACGUGGAACAAAUACCGUCAGGAGGUUCUACAGGAAUUUGGCUAUGAUGAGAUCCAGGACUUGGAUUCUGACUAAAAGCCUUUUAUUUAUUGGAAAAUGAAAUCCACAGAACUACUGCAGGACUGCAAAUCCAGACAGCUGCUGCUGGCUGUUCAUAAAAGUGUUACAGGGGAAAAAAACAAUAUGAAAAAAAGCCCUACCAAUCAAUGCCUGGAAAGACACUUUCUGCUGGAAGUUGUACUGAUUGGGACAAUAGAAAACCAGUCUCUACCUGAAUGAGCUGUAAGCUGAAUUCUUGCCUGGCUGGCUUUUAAAUAGCAUUUUUAAACUGUUUUUGGCUGGCAUAGUUCACCCUGAUGCAUACUGUCCAGGCUCGAGUACUAAACUGGAAUUCUGGCAAACAGUAAAAGCUUUUCUUACCAUCCAAGCUGUCACAAAUGCUCAGUCAGCUUCAGCUGAUACUAAAUAAGUUGGUCCGAGUAUGGACAUUAGAUGAUGCAAAUUUUCUUUUCAUGUAGAAGAUGCUGUAUGACUUGAAAGAGAAUAUUCCUCUAGUUCCACAGUGCUGGGGUUAUGACAGGAAGGUUCUUGUGGUGACUAAUGUACCAAGUUUCAAAGGAUGAACACAGCUGCCCUGAGGGCAAGUUCCUACUCAGAAAAGGCACUCACUCCUCGUGCUUUCUACUGUAUUUGUUCCUAAGUUUCAAGUUACCUUCUUUACAAAUGUUCGAGUGUACAAACCACCCAUUUGGCUCUCUGUCCGGUAAUUCCAGUGGAACAAUGUAUAUGCAUUUGAAUUGUAAAUAAAGAAUCUUUGAUUAAGUUUUCUUUACUCAAAGAUCACA